AUGUCCAACUUCAAUGACUUAGAAAAGUUGAGGAAGUUCGAGUUUGAGCGUAUACUUAAUGAAGACCCUGUAACCCACAGCGUAUCACUGUUGGGGACUUUAUCCUCAAAUUCGGAGGGGACGCGCUCCCUUGCUAUCUUGCGAAUUGAACGGAUGCCACUAUCAGGGGACUUCUCAAAGAUCCUCCAAGAUCGUAUUGAGGACGUGAAGCUAAUUGAAUCGACUGAUAUAUAUUCUUGGCUUUUAGCAUGGUUUACGAAACGUCAAGGUGUUCCAGAUGCGAAAAUUAACAUUAUUUGCCCAGCGACCGAGGUACACAUCCGCAAGUAUUCCACCCAGUCAAUAAUAAUGGUGCAAGAGACUCCCGAGUUGUAUGAGAAGAUCGUGAAACCCUUUGUCCAAGCAUUCCCACCGUCCCGAACGCAAUGGGUUGAGAACAUCCUAACUGGAAUAUCCGAGGCAGAAAAAAUCUUAUACAGAGACGAUUCGCCAAUCACUGGGUUCAUGAUUCUGCCCGACAUGAAAUGGGACCUCAUCAACAUCUCCACGCUUUAUCUCACUGCGCUCACAUUCAAUCGUAGCAUACGAUCCCUGAGGGACUUAAGUAGAGAGCAUCUUCCGAUGCUGAAGAACAUACGUAGGGAAGCAUCUCGCAUCGUCGAAGAACAGUGGGGCCUUGACAAGAGAUCCCUACGAUUCUUUGUACAUUACCAACCUUCUUAUUACCAUUUUCAUGUACAUAUCGUCAAUUCUAACUACGUAGGAUUGACGGGUAUGAGUGCAGGUCAAGCUCAUCUAUUGGAAGACCUCAUUUCCUUGCUUGAACUGAGCGAUCCUGACGGUCCAACUCUUUUGCAACGGAUGACGUUUACAUAUGGAUUAGGAAAUCAGCACGGUUUAUAUGAGAAGAUGCAGGCUGUUCAAGGGGAGUUAGAGGCGUAG